AUGUCCUCUCCGCUUCGUCCCCAGUUCUUUUGUGCCCGUCCAAAUGGCACUAUCACCCCCCUCAUUGCUGUUGAUGAGCUUCCUUCCCAUAUAUCGAUUCGUGGAGUCCCUCGUGCACUCUCCGCCAACGAGACCCAGGGCAUGACCAGCUUAGGCACUGUGAGUCCAAGAGCGCAAACCUACGUCAUCGAUGGCCUGGUGUCAGCGUCGACCCGCGCGUCUUCUGGCCCUCGUUCCCGUGACUUGGACCUGCAGACCUCCCUCAUGAGACUCGUCUCUGAUGAGAAUGUUCCGGCAAACCAGCGCAUCGCCGUGAAUGCCCUCCUUCAACAGGGUAUUUCCCAGAACUGGUUCAUGUCCAACGCUCCGACCAGUGGUUGGUUGGUUCCUAGCAGCAGCGGUGGCACAGGUAGCGGAAGUUCGAGGCAGAGUGCUCAUUACAACUCGAAGAAAGAGUUUUGUUCGUACUGGAUCCGUCAUGGUGAAUGCGAUUAUCAGCAGCAAGGUUGUCUCUAUAAGCACGAGAUGCCUAAUGACCUCCCCACCUUGGAAAAACUUGGCCUUCGGGAUAUUCCUCGUUGGUACCGCGAAAAUACGGCAUUCCCAGCCUCCUGCCCAAUGGACAUGGCCACCCCCGUUCUCACGCCAGUCAUGUACCCUUCACGCUUGGAGAUCAACGGCGCGAUCGAUUCCUCGGAUAUCGAAAAGGCUUCUAAGCAGAAGGCUGCUCAUUAUAUUUCUACUCAGCAACAUGCUACGGGGGCUUCUGGACCAUCUCGCCACGCCUAUCCAGCCGCGAGCUCACCAAAGACCUCGACCAACCCUAAGCAUGCGCACAAGCAUAUCCCAGUCCCGGUUAAUUCAGUGUCUAGAAGGAUAGACCUACUUUCUUUUGAUCCCCUUCCAGAAUAUCCGGCCCUGAAUCAUAUGGGGGGAGGUAUGAGUGGUCUGCCUUACCCAAGUCCUACCGAUCAAGCCGCCAUUGAGAACGCUGAUAGGGCUCAGCACGAGGAAUUUGUCCGUAACCUUCACUCGCUUAUGCCAGCUCCCAUAGGUACAAGUGCCGACUACCUAUCAACUUCCUUUGAAGGCACCCCGACCCAACCACGCUCCAAAAAAAGCCAAAAGUCACGCCGUCUCUAUCAACCCCGGUCCCAAAUGAUGAUGCCCGAUAUGAGCAUGGAAAGGGGCGAGGCUGAUUCCUUCGUUACCUAUCAUAGUCAUGCGACUGCGUCCCCCGGUGCGGUUUCGGCCAUCUCUAAGAAUGCGCCCAUCACUCUGUUGACGAGCCCUAUCCCUAACCCUACUCAUAUGGGUGCCGCGUCCUCAGAGCCUCCGACUCGGGGUGCCUCUCCAUCGACCCAUUCUGGAGCCUCGUUCUCCUCUGGAUCCAGCCCUCGAGCUCAUCGCAGUCAGUUCAAGGGGAAAGAUUCCGGAACGAUGCAGGCACCCAUCGGCACCAAGCAAGUCCACCGCAACAGAUCCACCGGAUCCCCAAUCGAGUAUGAAUUCUAA